GACGCUUGUCCCAGAGUGUGAGGAAGAGCAGGAGCGUCCAGAGCGGCAUCGGCGGAGCUGCGCACGGAGCUGAGGAGGGGGCUUCGGAGCGGGACUGGGGCGGGGGGGCGGCUGGCGCGAGCAGCCCCGGGGUGGGGGGCGGGGUGGGCGUCGGCGGCGCGAUGCUGGGCGUCGUGGAGCUGCUGCUGCUGGGGGCUGCGUGGCUGGCGGGCCCGGCCCGCGGGCAGAAUGAGACGGAGCCCAUCGUGUUGGAGGGCAAGUGCCUGGUGGUGUGCGACUCCAACCCCACGUCCGACCCCACGGGCACAGCUCUGGGCAUCUCCGUGCGCUCUGGUAGCGCCAAGGUGGCUUUCUCUGCCAUCAGGAGCACCAACCAUGAGCCGUCCGAGAUGAGUAAUCGCACCAUGAUCAUCUACUUCGACCAGGUACUAGUGAACAUCGGGAACAACUUUGAUUCAGAACGCAGCACUUUCAUCGCCCCGCGCAAAGGGAUCUACAGUUUUAACUUUCACGUGGUAAAAGUCUACAACAGACAGACUAUCCAGGUGAGCCUCAUGUUAAACGGGUGGCCGGUGAUUUCCGCCUUCGCCGGUGACCAGGACGUGACCCGGGAGGCUGCCAGCAACGGAGUUCUGAUCCAAAUGGAGAAAGGCGACCGCGCAUACCUCAAGCUGGAGCGGGGGAACUUGAUGGGGGGCUGGAAAUACUCGACUUUCUCCGGAUUCCUCGUGUUUCCCCUCUGACUGUCUCGUAGCCGGCAUGGAGGCAGGGAGAGACAGGAGGGGGAGUGAGACAGAGGCUGAAAUGGAGAGGGCAGGAGAGCAGCGUGGCUUGAGACUUGCUGCACGUUCGGUAGCUGUACCCCAGUAAAAAGGUGCGCGCCGAGGGGCGGACGAGUCUGUCUGCUUCUUUAUCAGGAGAAGUAAAUUCUGCUUAGCUCCGCGCACUCCCAUUUCCAAAAAUAAACUCUCCCCCCUGUUCCAGUUACAGUAAUCAAGAAAGAGACUGCCUUGUCAUGGUUGCUUACUCCCAUGUUCAUAUUUCCUGCAAUUCAUUUAAAAGAAACUCGGUAUUUCACUAUCUAACGUGAAAUCCUUCUCUUUACUCCCCUCUGAAUCUGCCUACCUACUGAAAUCUAAAAUGCCCCCUCCCUUUUAAUUUGGAGAUGGGGUAAAUUUUCUUUUGGAUGGGGGAGUGACAUUAAAUUUGGCAAGUAUUGCUCUUCUUAAAACACCGCUCAAGUUAAUUAGCUGAAGAUACUUUGUAUCGUUGGCUGCUUGUUAGCCGAGAAAGGACUCACCUUGGUGGUGACUGGUUUAAAACAUAUAUAUAUAUAAAUAUAUAAUUUGUAUACGAAGAACUCUUCCCAGUGGAAACUGGCUGUAUUUCCGUAUUUCUAUGUUCUAUUCGGAGUGAUCGUGAAAUAUAAGGCUGCUUGAUGUCCUGAUGCUUGUCAUACCCUGUGGCUACACUAAACGCCAAGGAGGUUCUUCCGGACGCUUCCUCGUCCUCUGUAACAUACAUGUGAAUAGCCAAGAUUUAAUUUUGCUUUAAUCCAAUAAAGUUGAAGUGGGACUUUU